CCCAAAAGGAUCCCUUUUUCUUUCGCUCCCCAUCAUCCCCACUUUCCAUUUCCAUUUCCACUCUCCCCCAACCAGAUCAGCAUUGUUAUGUCCAUGUCGACGGCGACGGCGACGGCGACGGUUACCAUUGUUAAGCCUCUGCUCCGUCGUCAAAAAAACGCUUCACUCCUUCCUCACAGAACCAAUAGCAAUUGCUUCAAUUUCUCAUCUCGAAAACCAAACGUUUUACUCCGUUCCCAUGCCUCCACCACCCGCUUAUGCCGCUUCAAGCCUCGGCGAGCUUCCUCUGUCGACACUGCUCUCGUGGAGACAACUGACGAUCUUUUGUUUAAAGAUACAUUUCCUCUGAUUCGAACUCAAACGGUUGAGGGAAAGAUUUUCAUAAGAUUGGAUAAGGACGGGAAGGAUCAACAGUGUUGGCAGCUUAGCAUAGGAUGUAGUCUUCCCGGAAAAUGGAUUCUUCACUGGGGAGUUUCUUAUGUCGAUGAUGUUGGCAGUGAUUGGGAUCAACCUCCUAUGAAUAUGAGACCCCUUGGCUCUGUUCCAAUAAAGGACUAUGCUAUAGAGACGCCAUUAAAGAAAACAUCAGAGGGCGAUACAUUUCAAGAAUUGAAGAUUAGUUUAGAUUCAAAGAGUGCAAUAGCAGCCAUAAAUUUUGUUUUGAAGGAUGAAGAAACGGGAGCUUGGUAUCAGCAUAGAGGGAGAGAUUUCAAGGUGCCUCUUGUAGACUUCCCUCUUGACAGUGGAAAUGUAGUUGGAGAAAAGACAGACUUUGGGGCUUUUCUUUCUAACAUGCUUGUCGUAGCUGAAGCAUCACCUUCUAAAGAUGAAGAUAUCAACAAUGAAAUCAAAGAUUUGAAACAAGGAAAGAGGCAGUUAGAAGGUUUCUAUGAAGAACAUCCUAUAGUUAAAUAUGUGACGAUUCAAAAUUCAGCUGCAGUAUCAGUUACUAAGUGCUCGAAGACAGCUAAGACUCUGCUUUACUUAGAGACUGAUUUACCCGGAGAAGUUCUGGUUCACUGGGGAGUUUGCAGAAAUGAUGCUAAAAACUGGGAAAUUCCUGCUGGUCCAUAUCCACCAGAAACAACUCUGUUCAAGAAUAAGGCUUUGCGGACUAUGUUACAGCUGAAAGAUGGUGGAAAUGGAUGUGCAGAGUUGUUUACUGUAGAUGAAGAAUUUACGGGCUUUCUUUUUGUUCUGAAGUUAGAUGACAACACUUGGUUGAAAUGUAAGGGAGAUGACUUCUACAUUCCCCUCUCAAGUGGCUUGCCAUCUCAACCUGGCCAGGGGCAAUCUGAAGGAACGCCAGCAUCUGGAGAGGCUGUGGAAGAAAAUCAAGAAGUUUCUCAAACUGCAUAUACCGAUGGGAUAAUUAAUGAGAUAAGGAAUUUAGUAAAUGGUAUUUCUUCUGAGAAGGUUCGGGAGACAAAAACAAAAGAAGCACAAGAAACCAUUCUUCAAGAAAUUGAGAAAUUGGCUGCAGAAGCCUACAGUAUCUUCAGAAGCUCCAUUCCUACUUUCACCGAGGAAUCUGUUGCAGAAUCUGAGGUACAGAAGGCUCCUGCUGCUAAAAUUUGCUCAGGAACAGGUACAGGGUAUGAAAUAUUACUCCAAGGUUUUAACUGGGAAUCAAAUAAAUCAGGAAGAUGGUAUAUAGAACUAAACGAAAAAGCUUUAGAAAUAGCUUCACUUGGUUUCACGGUAAUUUGGUUGCCUCCACCAACAGAAUCUGUGUCGCCAGAAGGUUACAUGCCAAAGGAUUUAUAUAAUUUGAAUUCCAGAUAUGGAAGUAUUGAUGAGCUGAAGGAUCUUGUGAAGAGUCUCCACAAAAGGGGUCUUAAAGUUCUUGGAGAUGCUGUCUUAAACCAUCGCUGCGCGGACUUUCAGAAUCAAAAUGGUGUAUGGAAUGUUUUUGGGGGUCGCUUGAAGUGGGAUGACCGGGCCAUUGUUGCAGAUGAUCCACAUUUCCAGGGCAGAGGCAACAAAAGUAGUGGAGAAUUUUUUCAUGCUGCCCCAAACAUUGAUCAUUCACAAGAUUUUGUGAGGGAAGACAUAAAAGAAUGGUUAUGCUGGCUAAGAGAUGAAAUUGGUUAUGAUGGAUGGAGGCUUGAUUUUGUGAGAGGAUUUUGGGGUGGUUAUGUCAAGGACUACAUGGAUGCAAGCGAACCUUACUUUGCUGUCGGUGAAUACUGGGAUUCUCUCAGCUACACAUAUGGUGAAAUGGAUCACAAUCAAGAUGCACAUCGACAGCGAAUUGUUGAUUGGAUAAAUGCCACCAGUGGAACUGCUGGUGCUUUUGAUGUCACCACAAAAGGAAUUCUUCAUUCUGCACUGGAAAGAUGCGAGUAUUGGCGGUUAUCAGAUCAGAGGGGAAAGCCUCCAGGAGUUGUAGGCUGGUGGCCUUCUCGUGCUGUUACCUUUAUAGAGAAUCAUGAUACUGGCUCUACUCAGGGUCAUUGGAGAUUUCCUAGUGGAAAGGAAAUGCAAGGUUAUGCUUAUAUCUUGACCCAUCCAGGAACACCAGCAGUGUUCUAUGAUCACGUCUUCUCUCAUUAUGGAUCUGAAAUUUCAGCUCUUCUGUCGCUCAGAAAUCGGAACAAAAUCCACUGUCGGAGUAUCAUUGAAAUUACAAAGGCGGAAAGAGACGUGUAUGCAGCAAUGAUUGAUGAGAAAGUAGCAAUGAAAAUUGGACCAGGUCACUAUGAACCUCCAAGCGAGCGAAAUUGGUCAUUAGCGGCGCAGGGAAACGAUUACAAGGUAUGGGAAGCAGCUUCAUAAUGCGGUCAUGGUGUCGACGGAUGCAUCAUAUAGAAGUAUAGAAAAGGUAUUGAUAAAACUGUUUAUCAAGCAAAUUGAAGUUGCUCAUUUUAUUCUUGAGCCGUGACCUGAUACAUUAUGCUUGGUUAGCCGAGGAAAGGGAUGCACUGUGGCCAGUUAUCAAUUUUUUAAAAUUGGCAGUUCGAGGUACCAUCCCGUAUAUAUAUAUGUAUACAUAUUCUUUGUAAUUUCUGUUGGAGAAAAUAUCCACAUCGUUGUAAUCCUGUCCAAGUUAAGCUACUGGAAACUUAGUAUUCCUGCAAUUUAUUCUGCUGUAUUUGUAAUAUAUAUUAUUUACAGAUAUCAAAGUUUAAUUUAUUCUGCUGUA